AUGGCGUGCCAUCAUUCGUGGAAAAUCCUCCCUGGGAGACGACUGCAAGACUGUUCCGGGACGCAGCAGAUGCAAAGCCGCCGCCAUGGCUGGACUCUUUCGCGCCCGACUAUCGCACGACAUGACAAAAGCUGGCAUAGGCCGCUUGCCUCGCCCGCAAAGGCGGCGGGCAGUCGACGCGCUGGCGUCAAUGACAUUGUGGCCUCAGCAGGCACCACCGUCGUGGAACGCAGAGCAGCUGACGUGGCCGUCCUUGGAAACAGCUGUGUCGCCUUUGCGGCGGCAUACUCACUCGCCCGCAGGGGCAAGAAGGUCGUCCUGCUUCCCGACUUGGGCCUUAUGACCGCCGCCGCCGCCUCGCAGCCCCCCGGAAGGGAAGUCCUCCGACCCCUCCUUUUGACCCAUCCAGAUGCGGCCAUGUUCAGCCUCGCCCCCGUGUACUCGUACUCGUACUCGUACUCGGCCCACAGGCUGCAGGUGUUCGGUUGGCUGAAUGCAAUGCCCGAGGGUGGUGUGUUGUACGGCACAGCUGCACAGCGGUUCCUUGGCAGUCUGGGGGAGAGGCAGGGGGUGAUGGUGCGGAGUGGCCUGGCGCUGAGAGGUUGGCGCGACGCGGGCAGCCAUUUCUUGCUCCGGGCCUCGAGCCCCUUGCUGCCCGGAGUGGUGUCCCAGUUCGAGGUGGAGCAGCUCUUGGUGGCGCCCGGGGAGGGCUGUUGGCCCAGGCAUGUGCUCAGGAUGUUCGGGGCGGAUGUGGAGAUGCAGGUGGUUCAAAGCAGUUUCGCUGCGGGGUGUGCGGCGACCAGCGAGCUCGCCCGAGUGCCUCUCUGGCGGGCCUUUGCCUUCGCCGGCACGUUCCUCUCACCCGAUGGGGGGGCGGAUCCGCGGCUGAUGGCGGGCUGUGCCGUACCGGGUUUGGACCCGUGGGUCUGCACGCCUGGUGGCGCCGAUGGCUAUCAGGACCUACUCUCCGGACACCUCCUCGCCACUCGGAUAUGGAGGGGCGUGGGGCCGCUUCGGGGGACAGCCAAGACGGUGGUGAACAACAACAACAACAACAACAACAACAACAGCAGCAGCAGCAGGGCCGCACCCAUAACAGCACAUAACGACACAAUGGUCGCCGGCAGAAGACCCAGCGGCGGCGGUGGUGGUGGUGGUGGUGGUGGUGGUGGUGGUGGUGGUGGUGGUGGUGGCACCAGUUCGGCGGGGGCGGAGGUUCCUCCCGCAUUGCAACAGUGGGGUGAAGUGGAAUUGCAUACCGCCACUCCAGACGGUUGGCCAGUGAUAGGGUUCCUUCCGGGAUUCGAACCCGGGCGGGUGCUCUUCGCCAGCACCGCAAGCUGCAGCUAUAGUGACAGUAUUGGUAACUGUAGCGGAGCGCGGUCGGCAGCGGCGGCUGAUGACGAGCGCCUGGCGGCGGCGGCGGCGGGCCGGCGUGGGAUCGGCGGCGAAAAGCGUGAUGGUACGGCACGGACAGCUACGUCCACCUCAACGCCGGCGCCGGAGUCGCCGUCGCCGGGCGGUACCGCUGCUACUGCCAACAACCACGUACGAGUCGAGCAGCAGGUCGCCAACUCGGAGCCUGUGUCGACCACGGGCUGGUUGUUGGGGGACCGGCCACUGCUUCACGACGGCUACCAGCUCUCGCCGCUGGUCGCUAAGAUGGCCGUGGACUUGCUGUGUGGGGCGGCGCGGCCAGCGGAAGUGGAUCCGGAGCGAGUCGAUCUGGGCAGGCAGGUGCUGGGGGCGCAUGUACGGAACGAGGGUCUGGACCCAUGGGAUGGUUUGGGGCGGUGGCAGGACGGUACGGCGUUUCGGGAAGAGGUGGCGGCAGCGGCGGCGGUGGAUGCCGCGGAGGCGCGGGAGAGAGCGGAGGCGGCGGCACGGGGGGCAAGGAUGCUGGGUGGGGAGGGUGGGGCGGUGGAGGAGGCGGCACGGGAGGAGGCGGAGCGGAGGCGGCGAGGGUCCAAGAUGUUCAUUACGAAGGGUCCCUGGGGCGGCAGUGCCGGCGGCGGCGGCGGCUUGACGACCUGA